CGUCUGGUAACACUGUGCAGGAAACAUCUGUGAGGCACGUGUGUCGACGAAGUAACCUUGCUGUGUUGCUGUUUUUCGCGUCUGUAUUCCGUUUAUCUCGUUCACUGCUCCCGGUUUUGUUAAUUUGGCUGUCAGUAGCAGUCAGUUAGGUUUUUCCUGUGGGAUCGAUGUGUUGUUUUAACUCUUGAUAAGAAGGAAGGAGCUACUAGUGUGGGUAAUUUACUGAAUGAAUACACCCACACUCUAUGGGAAAUAAGGUCUGUCACUAAAAGAAAGCAGAGGACGACUUGCUUGAAGCAUGGUUAGAUUUGCUCGUGCGGAGGGCUCCAAGGGCUCCAACAAGCGGGUUCCAGAAGAGCCCACGCCCUGGCAUGAGUUGGCACCGAUAAAAGUACCAGAAAGUAAUCCAGACAUUGGAAAAACCUCAAAGAAUUUCGAAGAGGAUAAGAGUAAAGAAAGUGGCAAUAAUGGAAUUGCAAAGAAAGGUGUGACAAAGAAAAAAAAGAGAUUGUUGGAGGAAAGUGGUUCAGACACUGUGCAGAUCAAGAAGAAAAAAAGCAUUAGUAAAGAUGACACUGUUGAUAAGGAAAAUGAGGAAAUCAAUUCAGACCAGGCAACAGGGAAAGGGAAUUCAGUCAAAGUAACAAAAAUAAAAAAGAAUAUAAAGAAAAAUGCUGAAAAGAAUAUGAAGAAGGGUGAAGUGAAAGGGAAGAAAAAGAGAAAGUUAGACAAAACAAGUGAAGAAGAGAACACUGAUGGUGUCCAGAUCAAGAAAAAGAAAAACAUUGCUAAUGAAUCUGGAAAUGAAGAGAAAGUGGUCAUUGAUAAAUUAGAAAAAGAUGAUGACUGUAGUGAGAAAAGUUCAAAUGUUAAACAAAAGAAAAAAAAGAAGGCACAAAAAAUGGAUAAUGGGAAAGGAGAAGAGAAGAAAGAGUAUGUAAUCAAUGAUAAAAGUCAAAGGGUUAAGGUAUUCAAGGAUGGGACAGAAAGAACAUGGUUUGACCUCCCCUAUGAAGAAGGUCAGCGCAUGACAAGGUAUGACAACAUGUGGGUUAAGAAGGAGGUGGUAGAGAAACUGGAACAACUAAAGGGGACCCUCAAAGACGAAGGUCAUUCGGAGAAGGAGGUAAUGAGAAGGAUGAUGAAAGCAAAACGAAAAGCUCAUAGAGAGUUGAGGAUUGAGCUUAUAUAUGAACAAAAGGCAGCAGUUGAAGAUCAGUUACCUGAAAGCAAAAGUAAAGUGGUAAAAAAGAAGAGUAAGAUAGUUGAUGAAGGGGAAAAUUGUAUUAAAAAAUAUUCAGAUAAUGACGGUGAUAAUUAUGAACAUAAUUCUGAAGUAAGUAAUGCUGACAAUAAAGUGUCCUGUUUUAGAUGCCACCAGCCAGGUCAUAGAAUAGCAGAUUGCCCACAGACAGGUACAGAAAAUGUUACCUUGGGAAAUGAGAGUCAGAUCACCUGUUUCAGAUGCCAUCAACCAGGACACAGAAUUGCAGACUGUCCAACAGUGGCAGGAGCAGAAAAUACCAAACAAGAAAAUGAUGGUCAGAUCACCUGCUUUAACUGCAAUGAGCCAGGACACAGAAAAAUUGACUGCCCAAAAAUGACAGGCAGAGAAAGUAAUAGAACAGGAAGUGAAAAUCAGAUCACCUGUUUCAAAUGCCAUCAGCCAGGACACAGAAUUGCAGACUGUCCAACAGUGGCAGGAGUAGAAAAUAUGAAAGAAGGAAAUGAUGGCCAGAUCACCUGCUUUAACUGCAAUGAGCCAGGACACAGAAAAAUUGACUGCCCAAAAAUGACAGGCAGAGAUAAUAAUCGAACAGGAAGCGAUAAUCAGAUCACCUGUUUCGGUUGCCAUCAACCAGGGCAUAGGAGGGCAGAUUGCCCAGGAGGAAUGGGAAGAAGUGAUUAUGGUUCAGCAUGGAAUGAAAAUAAGCUCACCUGUUUCAAGUGCAAUCAACCGGGGCAUAAGAUGUCCGACUGCCCAGCAUCAGGUGGAGAAUAUGGCAGGACAGGCCAAGGGAACCAGAUUACAUGUUUCAAUUGCCAUCAGCCAGGCCACAGGAGAGCAGAUUGCCCAGGAGGAAUGGGAGGAAAUGAUUAUGGCUCUCAUCCAGGGAAUGGAGGAAUGGGAAACGAGCGCACCUGUUUUAGAUGCCACCAGCCAGGACAUAGGAUAUCAGACUGCCCAGAAUCAGGUGGAGAUAACCAGAUUACUUGUUUCAACUGCCAUCAGCCAGGGCAUAGGAGAGCAGAUUGCCCAGGAGGAAUGGGAAGAAAUGAUUAUGGUGCAGCAUGGAAUGGAAAUCAGCCCACUUGUUUCAAAUGCCAUCAGCCAGGGCAUAGGAUAUCAGACUGCCCAGAAGGAGGUAGAGAUAACCAAAUUACCUGUUUCAAAUGCCAUCAGCCAGGGCAUAGGAUAUCAGACUGCCCAGGAGGAGGUAGAGAUAACCAGAUGACUUGUUUCAAAUGCCAUCAGCCAGGGCAUAGAAUAUCAGACUGCCCGGAAGGAGGUAGAGAUAACCAAAUGACUUGUUUCAAAUGCCAUCAGCCAGGGCAUAGGAUAUCAGACUGCCCAGAAGGAGGUAGAGAUAACCAAAUGACUUGUUUCAAAUGCCAUCAGCCAGGGCAUAGGAUAUCAGACUGCCCAGAAGAAGGUAGGGAUAACCAAAUUACCUGUUUUAAUUGCCAUCAGCCAGGACACAGGAAGUCAGAUUGUCCAGCAGGUAUGGAAAAUGGUGAUAGCAAAGCAAGAAAUGAAAAGCAGCUCACAUGUUUCAAUUGUCAUCAACCAGGGCACAGGAAAACUGAAUGCCCAAAGAUGACUGAUGAUGAUUUUCAAAAAAGGAAUGACAACCAAGUUGUUUUUGAAGAAAAUGAUAUAAUGACUCAGUAUGAAGGUGUCUGGGUGUUGAAAAGUGCAGUGGAAUAUUUAGAUAGUAGGAGAGAACAGCUUGUGAAGGAGGCUAUCUCUGCAAGGGAGGAUGGAAAUGAUUCUACUGAGCUAACAAAAGAAGAGCAGAUUACAGUUCAGAGGACUAUGAAAAAAGAGAAGAGGCGUGAGUUAAAAGUCCUUCAGAAGCAUCUGAGAGGUAUUAAAGUAGAUGCUACUCAAGCAAGAAACAGAAAUGAAGUAACAAAUGCAGCAAGCAAAACUAAUAUCCCCAACAGAAGCAGCAGUAAUAAUAAUGAGGAGGACUUUGAAGUUGUUAAAUUUGAUGGAUAUUUAGUCAAGAAGGAAUCUGCUGAGAGACUUAAUGGAUUAAAAGCUCGGCUUACAAAGGAGGGCAUAUCUGGAGAGCAGCUGCAAAGUAUCUUGCAGAGAGAACGUCGUAAAGAAGAGAGGUUGCUCAAGAAUGCAUCAAAGUCCGUUUGUCUUAAAUGCCGCCAGCCUGGGCACAUGGUAUCAACAUGCCCAUUGUUAAAUGAUGGAUCAGGAUCUAGUGGUCCAAUAGAUAUAUGUUAUACAUGUGGUUCAACUGAACACAGACACAAGGAGUGUCCACAAAAGGAUAAAGGUGGUGCAUUUUCCCAUGCAACAUGCUUUGUAUGUGGGGAGACAGGUCACCUUGCCAAGGAGUGUUCAGAAAACCCACGCGGUCUGUACCCAGAUGGAGGAGCUUGCCGAAUGUGUGGAUCAGUGGAACAUUUACGCAAGGAUUGUCCAGAUCUGCAGGAGGAGAACCAGAAAUCAACAAUAACAGUUGGCCGGAUGGAUGGCAGUGACCUAGAAGCUUUGGACAGCCUUGGAAAUGUGAACUCGACAGAGAAAGCUGGAACUGCACCUGCCAAAGGAGAAGUGAAGGUUGUCAGAUUCUGAAGAGAAUGCAGUUUAAGCUGAGGAAUUGCCUUAUGUUAUAGAUAGAAUUUUGGGAGGGUCAAUGGUCUGCAUUUGAAUUUGAAAUGAAUGGGCAGAGAUUCAUGGGACUUUGAAGACCUUUUAGAAAGUACAGUUUGUCUCUUCAUUGUUUCAUAAUACAGUCCAUAUCAUAAUUUACUGUUAUCCUCAGUAAAAUGUUGUCUGUUAUUAUUUGAAGGAAACUGGUUUUCCAAAACAAGUACAAGUACUCCAUGAAAUUAUUUUACACACACAAACACUCUCUCCCUCUCUUUGACCUUCCAAGCAUCUUGCAUACUUUCAUUAUUAAGUUUGAAAUCCAUUGCAAAAUGGCCAUUUAAUCAGUGGGUAUAAGUGUUGAAAUGUCUACAGUCAGUAUAUUAAAAUGUGUUGAUUAUUUGAUUUUUUUUUGUAUUUAGCAAUCAUGACUUCUUACUUCAGUCAUGUUGCUUCUGAUUGUUAAGCUUCUCUGCAAUUUUGUUGACAUUAUUAUGUUAAAGAUUAUAAAUGUUUGCAGUUAUUACACUGAGAUUGUCAGUGUAUUACAGUAUCAAGUCUAUGUAAAAAUACAUAGAAGUUAUUGUCAUUACUACACAGAAUUUAUUUAAAUAAAGUAUUAUUGGGUAA